AUGUUGAUGGUGAUCGGCCCCGAUGACUCUUCGUUGUUUGAGUGUGGGAAGUCGCUCGACGGCGACAGCGCACACCUCUCGCGGCAGCUGAUGCUGUACGCCUCCUUGGAUCUUCUGGAUGAUGUUAUCUGGACGACAGGGGAUUUUUUCCUCCCCGCGAUUGACCGGCCAUUUGAUGGAAAGUACUGCGUGUCCGCGUAUGCCGGCUUCGCGCCCGUUAGGCUGCUGCUGAUGCAGGACCACGACCCCACCAAGCAGACACGAAACUUUCUUAACGAGGCGUACGAGUUGUGCGUGCGGUAUCUUCUGAACCCGUUCUCAUCCACCAGCGCCCCCAUUCGCCAAACCCUGCGAGAGAAGCUGGCGCGGCUGUAUGAACGCUUGCAGUAG